AUGGACCAACCAGCCAAAUCGAUAGAAAUCAUGCUCUACGACAACGUGAGCGAGUUCCGCAUCGUAACAUGGCCAACCAUGCGCUUCGACCAAAUCUUUGCCUCUUACUGCGAAGACUGGAAGAAGCCUUUCGACGAGUUCUGCUUCCUGCUCGGCGGUGAAACCCUAGACGGCUGCGAGACUCCGGCCGCCAUCGGCUUCACGAACCGUGACCUAGAAAUCGUGGUGAAUGUCUACCAGCAGCCGCACUACGACCCCAAGACCGGUCCUCUCGCCAGGAAGAGCCUUGACGUUGGCAAUUCGCUAUCCGGGGCGGGAUCGCAGGCACCCAGAGCCCUGAGCAAGUGUUCCAUGAAGGAGAACAUCAUAGUCUCAAUCGAGGAUCCGUUCACGGGGACGAGACACUGGUUUCAGAUCUGUCCCGCCAAGCACUUCCAGAGUCUGUUUCGAGAGUAUGGUGCUUUCAUAAAACGAGCUACGUCCACGUUUGAUCUCCGGUUCAAGGGCCGCAUUCUUGGUCGGAACGACAUGCCUACUAAUAUUGGUCUUGUUGCUAAUAGCAACCUCAUGUGCACGCCCACGAUGGUGGACGUAGACUGGGCUAAGGGUGACUGUGACGGCAAAGUGAUAUAG